UUACCGUUCAUUACCUUCACUUGAGACGUGUUGAUGGCUUCGCGCCUCGAGGCCGACGGGGAACCUUUACCGCUUGGGGCUGUGUCUUGCUGUAGAGGAGCUGCAGCUCUGGUGGACAAGUGUGUCCGAUUGCCCUGUUCCACCUGGCCACGCUACAGACACACGCUUCCUUCCACCGCCAGUGCUACACUUCUUGGACACCUUGCAACAUGUCUUCGGGCGCCUGCGCAUCUUGCAUUCGUAUUCCAUGCAAGCCGUUCGUUCCAAGGUACUUCGUAACAGCGGUUUCGUCAACGACGUUCUUUCAGGAAAAGAGCGGAUCGUCCCCUUUGCCAACAACAUAUGGGGUCCUGUUGGGAGAAACGCAACUGCUCGGGCACUCCUCGCACUAAACUUCGUCAGAUUAGUCUUCCAACAGGAGAAGCGAGCCAAGGGUGGUAUUGACAAAUUUGUCGGGAGCAUCGCAGAGCCUACCUUCGUCAAGGACCUGGUCUCGAUCUGUGACCAAUGGGCAGGCGACGGACAGCUUGACGUCACAGAAUUGUGUCACCUACCCGUUUUCAAAAGCAACUUCAAACUCGACAGGACAAAAUAUGGACCGCCAAGUGUCAUGCAGCUCAAACUAGCUCUUCGGGAAAUGCAAAGCCACAGGUCCCCAAUGGCGAUGAUCGUCAGCCGCGCAGCAAGCGUUACACUGUGUAUGAAGAUACCUGUUUGGACGACCAACAUCUUCAUCGUCCUAGACCUUCGACCAGAACAGAGCCCGGUUUCCGAGCUUAGCCUCGUUGUGAAUACGUCCCUGGACGAAACGGCCGGGCGCAUGUCUGGGAUUUUGCCCAUAGACAACCGUCUCCUCUCGCGCGACAUCAAGUGGCAGGCGCAACUGACGGCCAGUUGCGCCAUUCAUACGUUCUCGCCCGUCACAUGCGCAAAUGAAGGAAGGUCAGCUGUUGCGGAUAGCAUAGCAUUGUUGAGGUCGUGGGUAGAGGCAGCGAACUCCAGUCACGAAGUCGGACUGUCCUCCUCAGCUCGGAAUCCCCCCACACGGAAAGAGACCGGGCGACCAAGUACACCAAACAAGCGAAGGACGGUCGACAACCAAGCAGAGGCAGGUCCUUCACGAUUACUUCCUAGUCCUCAGUCGUUCCUCACUCGCGCAACGAGCUUCACACCAUAUGAGCAAACGAAGAGACAUGCCCGAAUAUUCUUCUUGGAUAAUCUUUCGGAUACUUCGCUUACGGAAGUUCCUGACUCGGACUCAGAAAGCGAAGAGGACGAAGAAGAGGAAGAUUUUGAGUGCGGGAUAUGUUUUGAGCCAGUUCCAGUGGGCCUAGGCAUCCACCUUGACCCAUGUCAGCAUGCGGUCUGCGGAUCCUGUAUCACGGGACACGUUUGCGCCAAAAUUAGUGAACGCCGAUUCCCUGUAUUUUGUCCCUUGUGCAUGGCGGACCCGGAAAACGUAAACCCCUCGACGGUUCCCGACACCAUAGUCCAACGCUUGGAAUUGACAGAUGAAGAGCAUAAAAUCUGGGCAGAGUUGGAGAUGGCUCAGUUUGCUGUUCAGAUACAGUGCCGCAGAUGUCGCCGGUCGGCGUUUGUAGACAAAGACGAUCAUGACAGCGUGGACCAGAUAAAGUGCCCAUUCUCAGAUUGCAGCCACACCUGGUGCAAGAACUGCCAGCAGGCGAUCUUAGCUGAUGGGCCAAAACAUUCGUGCGACGGUUCAUCAGAGUUCAAGCAUCUUGUUAAGCAAAUGGGGUGGAGACACUGUCCGAAUUGUAAAGCUGCCGUUCAAAAAAUGGGAGGGUGCAACCAUAUGACUUGUGCGACGCCGGGGUGCAACUCGCACUUCUGUUAUAAAUGUGGCAAACAAAUCGCAAAGUCUCCCAUUCAAAUGGUCGUUUCAUCUGCUGUUACUGCGCAUUAUCGUCAUUGCACGAUGUAAUAAUUUUGCAAGAACGCACCGCAACAACGUACAUUAACGUUCUGAACACAAAGAGAUAAGCAUUGAUCGGUCGGGACUUCCA